GACGCUGCCAGGUCGGCCGGGCGGUAGGGCCUACGCGAAGCUCGUUCCCCAGCGCGCUGGGCGGGGUGUGCGGCGAGCGGCUUCCCGGGCAGGCGCGGGCCCUGAGGCGGCGGCUGCGCCGUGCGCCGGGGCGGAGCCGGGGGCGGGCGGGCGGCCGGCGGGCGGGGGCUGGGCCGGAGGAAGCCUGAGCGCCCGCGGCGACGACGGCAGCGGCGGCCCAGCAGGCUAGAAGCGUGGGUCCGCGGCGGCUCCGGGUGCGGCCGCGGGCUGCGGAGCGAGCGGGCGGCCCGGCUCCCCGCGUCCCCCGCCCGCCGCGACUGUCUGGAAGAUGGCGCCGGGCGGAUGGAAAUCCUAAUGACAGUCUCCAAAUUCGCCUCCAUCUGUACCAUGGGCGCCAAUGCCUCGGCAUUAGAGAAAGAGAUUGGUCCAGAGCAGUUUCCGGUCAACGAGCACUAUUUUGGAUUAGUCAAUUUUGGGAAUACCUGCUACUGCAACUCAGUUCUUCAAGCACUUUAUUUUUGUCGUCCAUUUCGGGAAAAAGUUCUAGCAUACAAAAGUCAGCCCAGAAAAAAGGAGAGCCUUCUCACCUGCCUGGCAGACCUCUUCCACAGCAUAGCCACCCAGAAGAAGAAGGUCGGCGUGAUCCCGCCCAAGAAGUUCAUCACAAGACUGCGGAAAGAAAACGAGCUGUUUGACAACUACAUGCAACAAGAUGCCCAUGAAUUCUUAAAUUACUUACUCAAUACAAUUGCUGAUAUUCUACAAGAAGAAAGAAAACAAGAGAAGCAAAAUGGCCGAUUACGGAAUGGAGACGUGGACAGCGAGGAUAACAACAGCACACCAGACCCAACGUGGGUCCACGAGAUUUUUCAGGGAACAUUAACUAAUGAAACCAGGUGUCUUACUUGUGAAACUAUAAGCAGCAAAGAUGAAGACUUCUUAGACCUUUCUGUUGACGUGGAACAAAACACAUCAAUUACUCACUGCUUAAGAGGGUUCAGUAACACAGAAACUCUGUGCAGUGAAUAUAAAUACUACUGUGAAGAGUGCCGGAGCAAGCAGGAAGCACACAAACGGAUGAAAGUUAAGAAACUACCCAUGAUCCUGGCUCUGCACCUGAAGAGAUUUAAGUAUAUGGACCAGCUUCAUCGAUAUACAAAGCUUUCUUACCGGGUGGUGUUUCCCUUAGAACUCCGUCUGUUUAACACUUCAGGAGAUGCAACCAACCCUGACAGAAUGUACGACCUGGUCGCUGUUGUGGUUCACUGUGGAAGUGGUCCCAACCGAGGCCAUUAUAUUGCAAUAGUUAAGAGUCAUGAUUUCUGGUUGUUAUUUGAUGACGACAUUGUAGAAAAAAUAGAUGCACAAGCUAUUGAAGAAUUCUACGGAUUGACAUCUGAUAUCUCCAAGAACUCGGAGUCUGGGUACAUCCUUUUCUAUCAGUCUCGGGACUGAAAGGAGCCACAGUGGAGAGAAGCUUCUGCAUGCUUCUCUGGUUAUUUCAGAAAGGAUAGAGCUGAUGUUCAAGAAGAGAGAAAGAGAGAGAGACACACACAGAACGCUCAGGGCAGUAGCUCACUUUGCAUACAAUAAAGCAAAGACUGUGGAUUAAUAUGCCCUUCCGGUCACAGUAGUUGAAUUUUUUGCUCAGGAAUCAUGCUGUGUGUGCAGUUCACACAGGAAGUGAAGUCAGAGAUAGCAGCUCUCUUGUAAAGCGGCCGCCAGCUGCCGACACAUUUUCUGUAGUAAUUGCACCAAUGAUGAUUUGAAUUCCUCGGGAGGGCAGUGGAAGAAUUAGAGUGUGCUAGGCUGAUUGAGCACACUGCACUGUGCGCCAGUGCGCGGAUGUGUACACUGUGCAUGGGAGCAGUUGCGGUCUUGUCAAGCAUCCCAGAAAGUACCUUUGGGCCCAACACUUGCAGUUGCCUUCCUGACGCACAGAGCACAGACCCGGAGCCCGGUGUCAGGAGGUCAAAGAUACCCUGCUUCUCUGGAGAAGCGUGUGAUCAUAUACAGUGUAUGUACAUGGCGGGAACAGCUGGUCAAAACUGGCUUCUUGAUUCCCCAAGGGGAAAGACUGGCUUUGUAAUGAUCUUUUUUCCUUAUUUAUUUUACUUAAACUGGUUGAGUCCAAGCAUUGUGUGAAGUGCCCGUGACUCUACCAGCAAGUCUUAGCAUAUUUUAUUAGUUUGUCAGCUCAAGUAGUCCUGUUGUUCGUUUCUGUUUUCAAGGUGAAGUGAACAUUCUAGCUGAAAUCACUAAGAUAAUCAUGAGCCGAUUGCAAUGAGUGGGGUCAGUGCUGUCAGGAGGGACUGUCUCUGGCUGAGCAUUUGCUCUUCGGUUAUAGUUUGUCAACUUUUUUUUAAAGCUUUAAUUUCAGUAAAGUAGGAAUUCCCUGUUGCUAGAAUGAUAAAGGAAGCCCCAGCGUGAAGCUGGCAUGCUGCCAGCCAGAACUCCAGGACUACAGUGCACAGCUGUGGCAUUCUUUAGUCUCUUUUUAGCCUUGGGAAGGACCAGUAGAGCAGCCAAAACCCCAGCAGCAGGGGCAGCUCACGCCCUUUGGAAGAUUACAUUUUGGAAAAGCAGUAAUCUCGAAAAGAAGCCCCUCCCUCUCCUGACCUGAGCGUCCUAUUUGAACUGUGUUCGGACGCUUACAACUAGAUCUGUUGGGAGUUUAAGAAACAGUACAGGGAGUCUCCACAUACGGCCAGGCAUCAAGUGGUAUGACAGUGGCUGAAUGUAACUUGCAGAAAGUGGUUGAGGAUUCUAGUCAAAGUCGCAGCUGUCAGACUCUGGGUAGCCUCACACUGCUCUCCUCAUGCCGUGGUGGUGGCCUGUUGGUGAAGCCCCUGGUUUUCUAAAGCUAUUUUACUAAAACUGUUGACCGAGAAGCAAACAGCAAAAAGAAAUGUUUUUUGUGCUGCUAUGAUUAACAUUUAUUUUCUACCUUUAGCUCAGGAAACGACUUCAUCUAUUCAUCCCAUAAGCAGAUUUGUAACGGGGUCACUUAGCUAAUUGGGCUUCGUAGACAGAUGUGCUGGGAGAAAAAGAUGGCCUUUGGCAAACUCAUUUUGAUAGUUUCUGAAGCCUUACCCUGGCUGGGCUUUGUGAUCUGCCAGCAUCGCACAGAGAACCGCAAGAGCAUGGGAGUUAGAACCGAGAGCACAGGCCUGUGAGGGCCCACACUAGAUUGUGUUGGAAUUCAGAACUGCAUUUGCUGCAGCUUUGUGUUCGAAGACAAAGCAUAAGGUGGGGACGAGUCCUCCAGGCCGCCUUGUGCAGCCCUGAAGUACUGUGCUUGCUUGCGCACAUGUUUUUGAAGUUAAAACACAAGCUGGAAAAACCUAGUUAAGUUCUCCGUGAGGCAAAUUGUAGCUUGGGAGCCAAGCUCUGAGCAGGCAGGCCUGCUUAGCUCAGGUCUGCGCUGGACGGUUUGCAGGGGAAGGACUCCUAGGUGUUGGCUCUAAAUUUACUUUUUAUUCAUUGUACAGGUGGAUCUGAGUGAGACAUUUUGAAUUUUAACUGAGACUCAGUAAACUUAAAAAACAUACAGGGUUUGGGUUGGGGACUAGGGAUAGCAGAUACAGGAAGUGAGAAAGAAAGGUGACCUACCCAGCACACAUUUCAGGUGAUUGGUGUUUGCCUGCGAUUAUGAUGAGGGCAGAUGCAAGUUUCAGACAAGGCUAGUUGCUGUGUAAUUAUGUACAUGUUUGCUUGGGCAGCUGUCCCAAAUUUUGUAUAUUAGAACAAAAGUUUCUAUGAAUUAUCAUAACUAAAAGUAAAUAUUCUAAGUUAAGCCCACUUCUGAGUCAUGCAGCUUCUGUUAUGGGAAUUUCACCUUUAGAAGGUUACUCAAGACAAGAGCCAAGUGGCUUAGGAAAGGGCAAGGAAAUGUGCUAUAGCGGCCUUAUGGCCUCAGCCAUCAGCGUCGGGUUUUUCUUUCCUGGAUGGCCGUAGGAACACCUCACUUUCAUAACAUGCUCCUCCUGAUAUUUUCUGUAAAGAUGCUUUUCAUUAAAGAUUCUCUCGUGAGGGAUGUGGCUGGGAGCUGGGAGGCCAGGUGCUGGGGUUCUUGUUCUCCAGUGAGCUUAGCUGUGUGACCUUGGGCAAGUCACCUAACCUCUCUGUGCUUCAGUCUCCCUCUUGUAAAUGGGAGUAAUACCUACCUCACAGGGUUGUUGUGGGGAUUAAUUAGAGAGGAAGUCUGUAAAGCAUUUAAAAGGUUCUUGAAGAAGGCGCUAUAUAAAUACAAAAUAAUAUCUAUUAAAGUUGGCUUAUUUGUG